CCACCACCAUCUUCCGCCACAAUGCGUAUGCUCGACCACGAUGAAGAGAAAGACGAUGCUGCUGAGGUGACCUGGGAGGACCAACAGCGAAUAAACACGUUUUCCAAGUUGAAUGCACGAAUCAAAUUAAUCGAACAGAAGCUGGAGGUGUUCAAACAAGAGAAAGAAGCUCUCGACGACUUGUCUCCAGAACUCGAACUAGCUGACGAAGAUGAACCUGUCCUAUAUAAAAUUGGCGAUACCUUCAUCCACAUGCGCCAAUCACGAGCCCUCAAACGCCUUGAACAGGAUCAAGCCAAGAUCGACGAGCAAGUACAAGCACUUUCAACACAGGCUGAUGAAUGUGAGACGAAGAUGAAGGAGCUGAAAGUGCUGCUGUACGCAAAGUUUGGAAAGGCUAUCAAUUUGGACGAGUGAAUUGUCGUAAAGCUUUCAGAAUAAAGAGAAUGUAUUUUCAGGUUUGGGUUUAGAA